AAGUAAGAGGUGAGCAAGCAAGCAAGGAGAGAGACAAAACAAUCUUCCUGUUGUCAGGAGAGCUUCUUAAGUGUUUGUGCUCAGAGUUUGAACUCUUUAGUUUUCAAAGGAUAGAAGAAUAAGGAAUUGUGUCCAAGGUUUGCGUUCAGAAGUGCCCAGGCAGGCCUGGACAGCAUGGAACUGCCUGCUGUUUCCACAUCCAUGGCGCUGCUAUUCUUCUACAGUGUCCUGCUGAUAGUGAGCUUUGUUGCAGCCCAAGAUCCAAGUUUCAUAAACAUACCUGCAUCAGUAAAUGUCACAGAAAACAGCCCUAUUCAUACCGAAGUGGCUCAGUUUGGCAUCGUGACAGCAGACCCAAAUCCCAAAGUAGAAAUUGUAUCUGUGGUUCCUGCUACUAAUGCUUUUAACCUGGUAUUUGACAAGUCGCUUUCGACUGCUUCAAUUACACUUGCUGCCACAUUAGAUUUCGAAACUCAGCCAUGGUAUACCAUAACUGUAUAUGUAGAAGAUUACAAUUUAACAUCUGUGACCAACAUCUCGGCCAACAUUCUAGUCCGUGUACUAGAUGUAAAUGAACCACCACAAUGUGAGCCGCAAUUAGUAUCUCCAGGUGUUACUGUCCAGGUGAGAGAGGACAUAUCACCUGGAACGUCCAUAUAUGUGGUUCUCGCCUCAGAUCCAGAUCACAACUCUGUGCUGCAGUACAAUGUCUCUGAUGCUUUACCUAGUGGUUCUGCAAACCGCUUCAGAUUUUUAAAUCCAAGUCCAUCUUUACUGAAUAUAGGAAGCUUCAACUACCAGAAGGGUGAUACAAACUUUAUUGUUUCUGUUGUGGUAGAGGACCAGUUUGGCCUGAAAUGUACUGGUACGGUGCAUGUAGAAAUACUACCUGUUAAAAACACCCUUCUGAACUUCACGUUCCCAGUACAAAAUGUCACCAUCAAAGAAAAUAUAGGUCCUGAUAUCUAUGUAACAAAAGUGACAGCAUCUAGCGGAACAAAUUUACGCUAUCAUCUGGUGACACCAAGCGUGUCCUUCUGGAUUGAUCAAGGGUCUGGAAUCAUUAGGACUGGUAUGCACCUGGACGUGGACAAGACUCCCUCGCUCACCUACACCAUGCUGCUAGUUCGAGUGUACAGUGCAGAUAGCAGUGGCACCAGUGGAACUGCCACUGUCAAUGUUUUUGUGUUAGAUGUGAAUGACAACUUUCCUGUUUGUGAUCCACCUAGUUUUCUUGUUGAAGUUAAAGAAACUGAACCCAUCGGCACUGUGCUUACAACUCUGAAAUGCUCAGAUGCAGACAUUACAAACAAUACUCUUUCCUAUGAAAUAGUCCCAGAUGGAAAUUCAUUGGAUAAAUUUCGUUUAACUGGGAACAAUCUAGAGAUAAAUGACACACUGGACUAUGAUUCUGAAGAAAUAGCAAGAGCAAACUUCCAGUACAAAGCCUCCAUCAUUGUAACAGAUAGUGGUGUCCCUCCGCUGUCCAUCAGCAUUCCAAUUCAGGUUGGUGUGUAUCCUGUUAAUGAGUUUAAGCCCACCUUCCCAGGUCCGUUUUUUUUUGAUGUUCUUGAAAACAGAGCAGCACACACUGUUAUUGGAAGUGUGAAUGGGCAAGACCGAGACUGGGAGUUCAACAACCUCCACUACAGCAUUAUCGGAGGAAACAUACCUCCUGUAUUUUACAUAGAUAUGAAGAGCGGAACCAUCCAUCUCCUAGGUUCGCUGGAUUUUGAGAUGAAGAGAAGUUAUGAGCUUAACAUCCAAGUAGUUGAUAUAGACCAAGACCGAGACCCUGAUCCUCUGAAACAGAAUACAGUCAAUCAGCUUUUUACAGUUCAAGUCCAGGAUGAGAAUGACAACCCUCCCGUCUGUAAUCCUCCAUUCCAUGAAACAACCAUUUAUUCUACAUUAAGCGCUCGUGACCCUGUGCUAACAGUAACAUGUACAGACGGAGACAUCAACUUCGUGCACACAUUCAGAAUUUCUGGAGGAAAUGAAAACAAUCGCUUCACCAUGAAUGGAAACCAGCUGAUGUCACGGAACACCUUUUCUUACAACCCUGCAGGUGUUAUGGAUCCACUUACAUUUGACCUGUCCAUUCAGGUGUCUGAUGGUGUGUUCAUCACUUCUGUGAAGGUCAUAGUUCACGUUGUUCCCUGGACUACAACUUCUCCUACAACAACUACACCUUUGGUGACACGAUCCAUUAAAACAGUGACAGUGUUACAAGGAUACUGGGAACCAGAGCCUUGGUUUGUAGCCAUUUUAACUAUUUCUGUAGCUCUGGCCAUUGGAACAACUGCCCUGCUGAUAUGGAAGAUCCUUCAGUGCACAUCACUGUCAAACUCAUCACCUCCAGAAAUGACAGCUCCUCUUGUACAACAGGGGUAA